AUGGCUGGCCCAUGAAAUAAAAACAGUGGAAAAUACUUGUUAAUUUUUUCUGAUUUAAUUGUGAAAUAAUCAUACCUUGGCAUCAUGAAUUUGAGUCCAAAUGACAAGAAGAGGUUACAGACGUUCAUGUCAGACAUGCUAAAGAUUGGCUGUCUGCAAGGCCUCCGAUAUAUAGACAUGUACAUGAGAGGAAGGGAAGAACUCGUCAUCAACAUUCCAAACGAACCCAAUAGGGAUCCGUCAAUUGUGUCACCUCCUUUGAGCCCCUUGGAUUCAAACUCGACAUUCUCUCCUGGUAGUAGCUACGGUUCUGGAAGUCUCGCCGCGCAGCUAGCACAGAUGGAAUCCUUCCCUCCAGCCUCACCGAAUGAAGACACCAUGAAAGAGGAUCCAAACAAGACCAUGUUCCUCCUUGCCUGUUACACUCGCUACAACCGACCUCUAGUCUGGGCAAGGACGAAUCAAGAACGUUUAAAACUGAUUUUAGGAUCAUCCAAGAUAGAUCAGGAUAAUCCGUUAGCGCUCAAAUCAACAACAUUAUGGAAAGAUAAAGAGGUGAAGAUAUGGGAGAUCUUAGCUGAGCUAGUUCGCGUCAACACACGUCCGCAUCCGUCCAAUCCCUUUGCUAUAGACUGGGACUACUUGGAGACACUAUCACUACAGGAACGAAUCCUACUCUCUGCAUCUCUUAUUAACUUCCUGCAGCGUGUAAUACAACACCAGCCUGGUGACAGGUCAUACAGUGCUAAAGUUCUUGAAGACAUUGCCAAAUUGAACAAAAAACAUUUUGAAGGUCUCCAUGCGUUGAUACAUCAAGGAGGAUUACCGAUCUUGGAGAAACAGUCAAAACCCCAAGCUGUCGUUCGUAACCUAGGAUCACGGACACAACGAUAUCCAUCGGGGAAUAAUAAAUAUCAGUACUGAAUAGAUGGACUCAAAGAUUGUGCAUUUGGAUAUUUGUGUAUUAUUUUCAAGCAAAUUUUCAUCAUAUUUGUGUUCGAUAUUUUAGAGCAAAUGAAAUGUGCUAUUUAAAAGAGUGAACAUUUUGUAACAAGUACAGAUUGUGUUAGUGUGUUAUCUUUGCAACAGUUGGAACAACAGCUGAAUUGUGACCAAGGGUAAACACCAAAAACAUUCACUCGUUGCCGAUAACUGUUGCAGGUUGUGAUGAAAUAUCCCAUUUGUAAUGGGCGUCAAUCAAGAAUCUCAAUUUAUUGAAUUCUUCUGUAUUUGUAAAUUUACAUGUAAUUAUACACCAUAGACAUUAA